ACGACAGGUAACCUAUCAGUGGGAACAUCCUGUAGCCGGCCAUCCCCUACACGGACCCUGGCUCUAUAUAAACCCCCGGGGACUGUCAACACGGUAUCAGUGCUCAGGUAUAGGUGCAGCAGGUGACAGCUGAAUCAACUUUUGGUCAAGUCGGUAAUUUGGAUCUGUGUUCUCAUAAGUCUCGACACAAUGGCGCUUAAAUCAAGCGGUCUUUUUACAGUGACAGUUGUCCUGUCAUUUCUAUGUAUAGUUUCUGGCCAGUUGUUGGUGCGGCCGCCUGUACAACAGCCCUGUCAAGUCAAAUGUUCUAACGGUACAGCUCUCGAUGUUGACAGCUGUAGCUGUAAAGCUGAAGCUGUGAACGGCUCUCGCAAGUGCUCGCCGGUGCUAUGCAAAAUGCUGUGUCUCAAUGGUUGGGCUAAGGAUGAAAAUGGAUGCGACAUUUGCCAAUGCAAGGUUGAAAAAGUCUGCUCCCCAGUAUUAUGUCGUAUGUAUUGUAUUAACGGCUGGGCUAAGGAUGAAAAUGGAUGCGACAUUUGCGAAUGCAAGGUUGAAAAAGUUUGCCCCCCAGUAUUAUGUCGUAUGUAUUGUGCUAACGGUUGGGCCAAGGAUGAAAAUGGAUGCGACAUAUGCGAAUGCAAGGUUGAAAAAGUUUGCCCGCUAAUGAAAUGCCAAGUGUCUUGUCCAAACGGAUUCGCCCAGGAUGAAAACGGAUGCGAAUUUUGUCAAUGCAAAGAAACCAAAACCUGCCCUCCAUUCAACUGUGACGUGAUUUGCCUCAAGGGUUAUGUGAAAGACGAGAGCGGAUGUGACACCUGCAAGUGUAAGACGGCCACGACCACCACGACCACCGCCCCCACCUGCGCCCCGGUGCAGUGUGAAAUCCUCUGUCUGAGCGGCUUUGAAAAAGACGUCAACGGCUGUGAGAUUUGCAAGUGCAAGGCUAAGAAAGUGUGUCCACCUCUAGCUUGCCGGAUGAACUGCCCUAACGGUUUAGCUCAAGAUGAAAACGGUUGCGAUAUCUGUCAGUGCAAACCUGAGGUUAAAUCCAUCUGCUCCCCCGUCAGAUGUUAUCUGUACUGUCAGAACGGGUACCAACAGGAUCAAAACGGUUGUGAUACGUGUCAGUGUAAACCUAUCGAUGUUAAAGUCUGCCCAGCCGUGACAUGCAAAUUAUUUUGUCCCAACGGCUUCGAAAAGAACGCCAACGGCUGUGAAAUAUGCAAAUGCAAGGGUUCACGACAGUGCCCGGCUGUAAAAUGUAAACUGGCCUGCCUCAAUGGAUUUGUCACGGACGCCAGCGGAUGCGAAACUUGCGCCUGUAAAUCGAACUUUGAAACCGUGAAGUCAAGACUCCUAAGCGUGCUCGAACCCGUCAAGUGUGGUCCAGUUUGUGCGAUCUACUGCCCUUUUGGAAAUGUCUUGGACUCCAGAGGAUGUCCAACAUGUAGUUGUAAUAGAAGUCCUUACUUAGAAUAAAAAUGACUAUUAGUUCUGUUUUUUAUAUUACCUUUUGGCAAUAAUUUUGUUUAGCCCACAGUUUUUGUAUAACACAAUUUCGAUUACACCUGCAUAAUAUUUCAUGUUUAAUUUUUAAUGUUACUCUGUUUUAUGCGGUAUUUUACUCAAGUGUAAAUAUUUGAUUGAGUUUUCAAAAAAAAAAUAUUGUAAGUGAAUCUGCAUAAUUGUUGGUAUAUAACAACACAUGCCAAUUUAUUGAGAUUGUGAUAUAAAAAAAAUCCGAUUGCAUUAAAUUCACGAGUGUAUGAAAGAAACAUUUAUUUGUGUAUAAAUGAGAUUGAAUGAAUUAUUUCAAUGUAAAUUUCACUUGAAAAUUUUUUUGAAUACGUAUUUUAUUUUUGUUAUAAAUUCAUGUUUA